AUGGGGUUACAUUUAUUUCCAAAAAAACUUAUGCAUUUAAUAAAUAUGAUAGUAUCGGUCAUAUGCCCAGCAGUUAAAACAUAUAAUUUACUAUUAAAUAAAAAAGAUAAGCAGAAUGAAGAAUAUGUGCAAUAUAUUCACUUUUUAACAUACUGGAUAAUAUAUUCUUCGUACUCUUACCUUGAAGCCGUAUUAUUAACUCAUAUUAUGAAUUAUAUUCCUUUUUAUUCUGAAAUAAAAUUGAUGUUUUUUUUUUGGUUAUAUAGUGAUACUUUUCAAGGUGCAGGAUAUAUUUAUUUUAAAUUUAUUGAAAAGAAUUAUGCUCUCGUAGAUAAAAAAUUAUGUGAUUUAGUUCAGAACAAAUUACCGAAAAACGUAGCUAGCUUUUUCACAUUUAAUAAAUCUGAUAAAAAAAUACAGAACAAAGCUAAAAGUACUGUGUCCAAAUAA